GAAGGCUUGCAGUGCUGAGCUUGAGGUUCAAAAAGCAUUGAUUGUUCAAGUGGUGGCUACAGUUCCACACUGCUUUGGCUACCAUGAACCGAAGAAAAACUCCUAGUAGAGGGACCUCCCCUGCCACGAAAAUUAGUCAUCAACCUCCAAGACUUCUCAUUGUGCAUAUUGCUGUACCUUCCUGGGCUGACAUCUGCCCCAACCUCUGUGAGGCCUUACAGAACUUCUUCUCGAUAGCCUGCAGUUUGAAGGGCCCCAGCCGGAUGUCUCUGUUCAGCUUAUACACAGUACAAAACCAACAGGAGUGUGUCCUCCCAUUUGUGCAAGUGAGAGGGAACUUCAUUAGGCUGCAGGCCUGCAUCUCGGAGCUUCAAAUGUUACAGGUCGAAGGCUGUCACAGACCACCUCACGCCUUACUACCUCUGGCAGUAAAGGAUGGGCUCCAGCAGUUCAAACAGUACAGCAGUCACAUGGCCUCAAGUGCUGCUCAGCCCUGUACUCCCCUGGAGAUUACUGUCCUGACUUCUCUGCCUGGAAAAGAAGUGGUCAAAGAACUGGAGGAAGGGCUGAAAGAUAUAAACCUACUUAGCGUCAGAAGGCUGCAGGUGGUUGAGGUCACAAAAGGCAUCCAUGGGUGUACAGACUGGCCAUCUCCUACUGAAGAACCCAGCAGUGAUGAGAGUUCUAUCCUGGAAGCUGACGUUGUCCUUGAGACUCUAGACAACGACGUUGUCAGCAUGGAGGUCUUCUUCAAAGCCUGGCUGCAUAACAGUGAAACUGACCAAGAAAACAUCCACCUUUUUCUUACUCCACAGAGUCUUCCUCCUUCUUCCAGAGUCAAGGAUCAUCCAAUAUGUCUGAAAUGUGAUCUCCAAGAGCGAUUCCUCAGCCCAUCCCUGCUUCCUGGUACAGCUGAUGGCGUGUCAAGAAUAGAUGACCCCAAAGGAGACAUCAGCACGCUCUACCAGAUGGCAUCCCUCUCUUCAGACUCUCCGUAUAAGCUUCAAGUGGUCAAGGCUCUGACAUCUAACGGGAUCUGCGAGUCCCUGACCUAUGGACUGCCCUUCAUCCUCAGACCCACAAGCUGUUGGCAGCUGGACUGGGAUGAGCUGGAAACAAAUCAACAACAUUUCCAUGCCCUGUGUCACUGCUUGCUGAAGAGAAACUGGCUGCUGUUGGCCAGAGGGGAACCCCUGAUCCCCAGACACAACCAGAAUCUCCCUGCCUGCAGCUUCUAUGUGAUCACACCGUCUCACUCUCUCACACUGCUGGUGAAGCUGGUGGCCACCCGGGAAUUGAUGCUGCCCGGCUUCUUCCCCCUGCUCUCUGAGAACCCACCUGAAGACAGCCUAAAAGUCAUAGAGAGCACCCUAGACAGCCUGGACCUGGGGCUCACCUACAACCCUCUGCAUGUUGGGAGCCACUUGUACUCACGUCUGAGCAGCGCCCAUGCCAAGCCUCAGGGACGGCUCUACACAAGCUGUGCAAGCCGGGGCCUUAGAAAGGGCGGUCAGCUAAAGACCAGCAGAGUUCGAGCCACAGUGGUUCCCCUCCCAGUGGCUCCUGCCCCACGUAGAGCUCUGAAGAUGACAGAAGCCAGAAAAGCACCCUCAGUGACCUCCCUGCCAUCUGAUCUGGAGGAGGAGUGUCCUCCUCAGACCUAAGUCCCCAGUGCCAGCACACAGCCAUACCACACCACUCACAGGAUGGCUGUCUGGGGCAGAUCUGCCUGCUCGCAACCUGCGCCUGUAAAUGAGCUCCGGCUAAGAAACAACCUCUUCCUCUUCUGACACCGCCCAAUGCGGGAGGGGGGCCCUGAAAGCAACCCCCCCAAGCCUGUCUUUUGUCCAGCAGGGACUCUCUUCUGGAUCAUUUGAUAGUAUUUACACACAUAAUUAAAUGCCCAGUAAGCCUCCUUCAUUGUUCAGAGCAUUCCUGGGCCAGAAUUUCUUCCUGCAGCUCUGUGUAAGAAGGUGGGUGAGGUUAAGUCACCCUUGGGAAACUACAACUCGAGAAUAAAGAGGAGGUUUUCACAGAACAAG